AUGGAAGAUUGGAGAAGAAUUGACAUCGAUGCAUUCGAUCCAGAAAGUGGUAGGUUAACGGCUCAAGAUCUUAUACCUCCAUAUGUUCAACAGACAGAUCCACAAGCUGUACAGCAACAAAUUUCUCAAUUGAAAUCAUUUGCCACCAGUGGUGAUAUUAAUUCUGCAUUACAAUUGGCAACAUCUGAUCCACCAUACGGUGCUGAUGACAGUACAAAGGCCCUAUAUUUCCGUGCCGUUUUAGAGACUUUGACCCAAGUGAGACAGGCUGACAUUGCGAAUGUUGUCAAGCAAUUACAACCACAACAGCAAGAUGUACUUAUCAAAUACCUUUACAGGGGUAUGUCAAUACCUGAAGGACAGAGACAGGGUGGUAUCUUGCUAGCUUGGUUUGAAAAAUUAACCCAAGUAGCUGGCGUUCAACCAGUAAUGCAUUACUUGACGGAUAGAAGAACCGUGUAG